AUGAAGACGCUUAAAUGCCUCCUGCCAAAAGUAAAGAGCGAAUCUCAGUUGCAAUGGCUCUGCUAAAACUUGAACAUGCGGGAUUUCAAGCGAUAAAGGGCUGCCGGGCUGCUAUUUACUGCGGUGGGAACAAGUUGCAGGAUGAAAUCCAGGCAUUAAGGGACCUAUUUUCCACUUCAUCGUUUGCAAAGGAAUCUACUGAAAUGACUUUGAGGAUCUUUAAACUGGAACUAUGUGGAGGGAGAAUGCACCCCCCCUUGCCUGUCUCCCUGUCCGCCUAGCUGCCCUCCCGGGAUGCGAUGUCGCUCGCCGGCUGCGGCGGGGAUCACGCGUGCGGCCAGCGGCGCGGAGGCCGCCCCUGAGCCCGGGCAGCGAGAGGCGCGACAUGCCCGCGGUCGCGACAUGUCCUGCAGCGACACCGACAGCAGCACCGGCACCUCCGGCAGCCGCCGCCGCUCCGUCUCCUGAGGCGCUGGGGGAUAAAGCUGGCAAAGAUGAGGAAAAUUGGCUGUGCUCUCCUGGUACUCCAAGCUCUUCUGGCGCCUUUGGAUCUUGUUCGUGGAGCAGAGAAAAAUUAYCCCAUCCUGAACAUUGCAGUGAUUCUGGGAAGGACCAAGCAGAUAACAGAGAGAGAUAUCAGAGCUCUCUGGACCAGGGAAAUGGCAGCAGACCUGACUGUUGAUAUCAAUGUAGUGACCCUUCUUGUGAACCAGACUGACCCUAAGAGCAUCAUAACACAUGUUUGUGACUUGAUGUCAGGCACCAAGAUCCAUGGAGUGGUUUUUGGAGAUGACACUGAUCAGGAGGCAGUAGCUCAGAUUUUGGAUUUUAUUUCAUCUCAGACUUCUAUUCCAAUUCUUGGAAUUCAUGGUGGGGCCUCCAUGAUCAUGGCAGAUAAGGAUGUCAUGUCCACGUUCUUCCAGUUUGGGGCUUCCAUCCAGCAAGAAGCCAUCAUCAUGCUGAAGAUCAUGCAGGAUUAUGACUGGCACGUGUUCUCUCUGGUGACCACCACUUUCCCUGGAUAUCGAGAUUUCAUCAAUGUCAUUAAGACCACYGUGGAAAACAGUUUUGUGGGCUGGGACAUGCAGAAUGUCAUCAUACUCGAUACUGCCUUUGGAGAUGCCAAGACCCAAAUUCAGCUGAAGAAAAUCCAUUCAUCUGUCAUCCUGCUGUAUUGCUCCAAGGAYGAAGCUGUCUACAUCCUGGAUGAGGCUCGGUCCCUGGGCCUCACUGGCUAUGAUUUCUUUUGGAUAGUUCCCAGCCUGGUUAGUGGUAACACAGAAAUCACUCCCAAGGAGUUUCCUUCAGGACUCAUUUCAGCAGCUUAUGAUGAGUGGGACUACAGUUUAGAGGCUCGGGUACGGGAUGGCCUUGGGGUUAUUGCCACUGCUGCAUCGGCCAUGCUGGAAAAAUACUCCUUCAUUCCUGAGGCAAGAACGAGCUGCUAUGGRCAACUGGAGAAGAACGACCGGCCCACUCAAACCUUGCACAAGUUUAUGAUGAAUGUGACUUGGGAAGGCAGAGAUUUGUCCUUCACGGCCGAUGGUUACCAGGCCCACCCCAGGCUGGUGGUGAUCGUGCUGAACAACGAGCGCGAGUGGGAGAAGGUGGGCAAGUGGGAGAACAACUCRCUGAGCCUCAAGUACUCGGUGUGGCCCCGGUACAGCUCCUUCGCAGACAGCGACCCCGAUGACAACCACCUGAGCAUYGUCACCCUGGAGGAGGCUCCCUUCGUCAUUGUCGAGGAUGUGGAUCCUCUGAUGGAAAGCUGCCAAAAAAACACUGUGCCGUGCCGGAAAUUUGUCAAACUUAACAACAAAACUAAUGAGGGAACCAACGUAAAGAAGUGCUGCAAAGGAUUCUGCAUCGAUAUCUUGAAGAAGUUGUCUAAAACUGUCAAGUUCACAUAUGAUCUGUACUUGGUGACGAAUGGGAAACACGGCAAGAAAGUCAAUAACGUGUGGAACGGAAUGAUUGGUGARGUGGUGUAUCACCGGGCAGUGAUGGCUGUGGGCUCUCUCACCAUUAACGAGGAGCGCUCCGAAGUCGUGGACUUUUCGGUGCCGUUCGUUGAGACCGGGAUCAGUGUCAUGGUGUCACGGAGCAACGGCACAGUGUCACCGUCGGCUUUCCUAGAGCCUUUUAGUGCUUCUGUCUGGGUGAUGAUGUUUGUGAUGCUUCUCAUCGUGUCCGCCAUGGCUGUCUUUAUAUUUGAGUACUUUAGUCCUGUAGGAUACAACAGGAACUUAGCACAAGGGAGAGAUCCCCAUGGGCCAUCCUUUACCAUUGGGAAGGCAGUGUGGCUACUGUGGGGCUUGGUGUUCAACAACUCCGUGCCUGUGCAAAACCCCAAGGGCACGACCAGUAAAAUCAUGGUGUCGGUCUGGGCUUUCUUCGCUGUCAUCUUCCUGGCCAGUUACACUGCCAACCUUGCUGCCUUCAUGAUUCAAGAGGAAUUUGUUGACCAAGUGACAGGUCUGAGUGAUAAAAAGUUUCAAAGGCCACAUGAUUAUUCACCUCCUUUUCGAUUUGGAACGGUCCCAAAUGGAAGCACUGAGAGGAAUAUCCGAAACAACUACCCUGACAUGCACCUUUACAUGACGAAGUUUAACCAGAAAGGAGUGGAAGAUGCCUUGGUCAGCUUGAAAACUGGGAAGUUGGAUGCUUUCAUCUAUGAUGCAGCGGUGCUGAAUUACAAGGCUGGAAGAGAUGAAGGCUGCAAACUUGUCACAAUAGGGAGYGGGUACAUCUUUGCCACCACUGGCUAUGGGAUAGCUCUGCAGAAAGGAUCACCUUGGAAGAGACAAAUUGAUCUCGCCCUCCUUCAGUUUGUGGGAGAYGGGGAAAUGGAGGAGUUAGAAACCCUGUGGCUGACUGGUAUUUGUCACAACGAGAAGAAUGAAGUCAUGAGCAGCCAGCUGGACAUCGACAACAUGGCAGGAGUGUUUUAUAUGCUUGCAGCAGCCAUGGCACUCAGCUUAAUAACCUUUGUCUGGGAGCACUUAUUUUACUGGAAACUCAGAUUCUGCUUCACUGGAGUCUGCUCRGACAGGCCGGGAUUGCUGUUCUCCAUCAGCAGGGGUAUUUACAGUUGCAUUCAUGGAGUACACAUUGAAGAGAARAAGAAGUCUCCUGACUUUUCUUUGACCAAUUCACAAACCAACAUGUUAAAACUGCUGCGAACAGCGAAAAACAUGACCAAUAUCAAUCCUUCAAGAAUUGACUCCCCCAAAAGAACAGCUGAUUUUAUUCAGAGGGGUUCUUUGAUUAUGGACAUGGUCAUGGAUAAGGGAAACUUGAUAUUYGCUGAUAACAGAUCCUUUCAGACAAAGGACAACUUCUUUGGUGACAACAUUAGUGAACUGCAGACACUACCUGGCAAUCGGCACAAGGACAAUCUGAACAAUUAUGUUUUCCAAGGGCAGCAUCCUCUCACACUGAACGAAUCCAAUCCAAAUACAGUAGAGGUUGCAGUAACAACAGAAGCAAAAGUGAACUCCAGACCCAGGCAGCUUUGGAGGAAAUCUGUUGAAUCUUUGCGUCAGGAAUCUGUACGUCAGGGCCAAGGCUCCCAGAGAGARAACGGGUCAGAGGAAAACAGGCAGCUUUCAUUGAAAAGCCAGAGGUACCUUCCUGAAGAGAUUGUCCAUUCAGAUGUAUCAGAGACAUCAAGCAGAGCUACUUGCCACAUGGAAAGUGAAAACAACAACAAGCACCACAAAACCAAGGACAAUUUCAAAAAAAGGACAGUAGCAUCAAAAUACCCAAAAGACUGUAGUGAAGUGGAACUGACAUAUCUGAAAACCAAACAGGGCUCUCCACGGGAUAAAAUCUACACGAUUGAUGCUGACAAGGAGCCAGGAUUCCGCUUGGACACACCUCAGUACAUCGAAAACAUUGUCCUUCCAGAAACUGUAGAAUUUCCUGAUGUUUACCAAGAUCAGAACGACAGCUUCAGGAAAGCCGAACACGCGAACAGGCCUCCAUCUCAAAACGAAGACAGUCUUCCAAAUAAUGACCAGUAUAAACUUUAUGCAAAGCACUACACUCUCAAAGAUAAAAAUGCUUCCCUAGGUGACAUGAACGAUAGGUACAGGCAGAAUUCCACCCACUGCAGGAGCUGUCUUUCCAACAUGCCCACGUAYGCGGGACACUACUCGACCAGAUCUCCCUAUAAAUGCGAUGCAUGCUUGCGGAUGGGGAACCUCUAUGAUAUUGAGGAAGAUCAGAUGCUGCAGGAUACAACGAACUUAUCACUCCCUGAAGAGAUAUACGAGCGUACUUGGUCACAAAGUAGUGCUCUGCAAUAUCAUAAAAAGAAUAAACUGAGGAUUAGCAGGCAACACUCUUUUGAUAAUAUCGCUGAUAAGUCCAGGGAAAUUGAUAUUGGAAGACCUUCUCGUAGUAUAAGCUUGAAAGAAAGAGAGAAAUUUCUUCAAAGUAGUCCAUAUGCAAGCAUGUUUAGUGUUCCCUCAAGCAAACUGUUGAGCAACAAGGCCUCACUUUUAACUCAUGCUCUGGAGGACAGUAAGCGGAGCAAGUCCCUGUAUGCUGUUCACUCGGAUGAUAACCCCUUCCUGCACACCUAUCGUGAUGACCAGCAUUUAUCUCUUAGGCGAAGUCCAGCUGAUCUUUAUAAACAUUCAUUGCCAACGAGAGGAAGAAAUGAUAAUUAUUUAAGGUCAUCCAUACAAUCUACAGCAUCAUAUUCUUCCAGGGAUGGUCGGAUCCAUAAUGACAUGUACAUUUCAGAGCAUGUUUUGCCUUACGUUGCAAAUAGGAAUAGCUUGUACACAACUCCAAGGGUUUUAAAUUCCUGUAGCAAUACACGUGUGUAUAAGAAAAGGCCUAGCAUUGAAUCAGAUGUUUAAAUUUUCCAUGAACACUUUAUCUAUAGGGAAAGAAUAGUUGCCACCAUCUUAGAGGGAGAAUUUAUCCUUUAACAGUAUCCUGCUCUGGUAAAUGAUACGUAAACCUCUCCCUUUCCCAAUGUACUUUUGUACAUGAAUAGGUAAACUGGUAUGCUCUUAACUAUCCUUUUAAAAUAUGUCUUGUUGAAAAGGAUAAAAAUAGCCAUUUAUGUAUGCUUUAUAUAUAAAUGGCAAGUUGUACUGAAAUAGCCCCAAUAUAUGUUGGCAACUAUGCUGUUUUGUACCUAAUUAUUUUACUAUUUCGGUUAUUCUAAUUUAUGUUGCUAAGUAUCAUUCAAUGUACUUUUGUCCUUAGAAAUGUUUAAUGAUUUUCUAGUACUGGAUAAGCAAUAUGGUAUGCAUGUAGUAUGACACAGACAACAAGAAGUAGGGAUGCAUUUGCACAGAUUCAAAAGUAAGACUCUAAAAGAGAACAGAAAGCUAAGACUUCCAAAAAUAUAUUUUAGCUUCAUAAUCAUUUUCAAAACCAAAUAAUAAUUUUAAAAGAACCCCAAGCCCCAGGACCUUAAUAAAUACAACCCAAUGUGUUAGCACAAAAUUAAUAUGUUCCUUCUAGACUGACAGACAGUAGAUGGGAAGGCAGUAACCCCAAACAUGUGAACUGCUGUGUACCAAAAGGAAGCCCCGUGGAUAUUGGUUAAUGUUCAUGUACAAAUGCUUUUCUUAUAUUGCACAYGCACUUACCAUUACAAAGUAAGCUCAUUGAAAAGUUUGCAGUAAUCUUGUCAGAAAUUUCACAGCUGCCUAAUCCAGAGUAUAUAUUUUUAGAUAUCACUAUAUGGCACUUACUAUGGAGCUGUGGACUUUAUUAGUAACCUUGAGGCCUAAUGUGUACGUAAGUUUGCAUUUGCCCCUUACUGGUGAUUACUCAGGGCUGUAUAGUAUUUCUUUUAUUGUUUUGCUUCCCAAACCAAAUCCCAACCCACUGUAGUUCUUUGUUCAUAGUGUAUUAGUGACAACUAAUUAAUUGUAAAUUAAUAGUAUUAAAGCUGUUAAUACAGUAUCAAACACCGACAGCCAUAAGUUCAGUGUGAUCAGCGAGGAGCGCGGUACCUUUUAUUUGCAUUCACAGAGAAGGAUUAACACCUUUGGAAGGACUUCUUCCUUCCACAAUAUUGUGCAUAUUUAUUGAACAUCAGACCAUUUUUCUAACCUCUCCAAUCAAGUCUGUUCUAUAAACUGAAUAUAUGCACACGUAACUAAGAAACAGUAUCUUUAUUAUCACUUACUGUUAUACAAAGGUAUUCACAUAACAGGGAUGGAUUGUUAUAUGACUUUUCCUUCUAUAAAUGUCAAUCAGAUUAUUUCACAAAUAAAAUGUCUGCUUCACACCCCUCCUUACCCUCACUGGAAGAAAAAAAACCCACUAGAUUUUAACCAGAAGGGAGCAUGAAAGSGAUGAGAGGAAGCCUUUCAGGAAUGGAGUGUACAGCUGUAAAUUUAAUUUCAACUAAAGAAGUAAAUAUAAUUGCUAAUACAUUUAGCUAYUGAAAGUGUUCCAGAGGUGGUGCUCUCCCAUUUUCCUGCUACUCUGAGAAUUGCUUUAGGAUUUUUGUGUAGAUAAUUCAGGCAUUAUUCCCUCCAUUUCACUGAAUAACGGUGAGCAGGGAAACCAUUACCACUGUGAAUUGGAAAAUGUGAAUAUUACCCUAACUUUUCUCUAAACUGAAACCCUUUUGAGCAGAAUUGUGCCUGUCAGCUGUAAYUGGAGCAUCUGCAUGCCAGAGGUGCAGUAUGCAAGGUGUUUAAUUUAGAACAGCAUACUGCAGAGUUGCAAAUGGGAGAUAAUAUAAGUGGUGCGUAGGGAUAGUCAAAAUAAAGCUUCUUGAAUUUUGUUUACAGCUUUUUUAAAAAAAAUUAAACCAAUUUAAACUAACUUGGACUAUUGAAGUCCAGAAUGMGUUCUUGGUAUUUGCAAAUGUAUUUGUAUUUUCACCAUGAUGGUGAAGGAUGAUAUUUUCUAAGGAAUGAAACGUAAUGAGAUUUGGGCUUCCGAGUCUCUUUCCAGCUUCCAGAAAUCUUAUAUACUUUAUUAUAAGUGUGAUCAGAAAGCAUAUCUAUGGGUAUCUCUAUAUUGUUCAGGUAAAAAUAUGUUUUGGGUAUUCUUUAUCCAACAUUUGGUCAUAAUUUUUUGCUCCGAUUCACAUGGGAUGCUUUCUGGUUUCUCACUGGAGGGAGUUUUUUAUAAACAGAAGUUCCUUCCUGCCCUUAGAGAAUCUCAGAUUUCUUAGGAGUAGCUGUGUGAGCUAAGCAGGGUUAGGAUGUCUGUGGAAUGAGCACUGCUCAUCAUGACCCCAAACCUUUUCCCAAAGACACAGUAUGCUUUGCUCUAAAGUCUUCAGGACGGCAAAUGCACUGAAAGGAUAAUGUUGUAAUGAGUAUAAUAGAAAUAUUUCAGGCAAACUUUAAUAGCCAACCCCAAUCAUAGUGUAUUAACUAAAAUCUGAAGUGUUUUGAACUCUCUGGUGUUUUUCAGCARAUAGGAUAUUUGCUGAUGUCAUGCCAAAACCUGCCAUGGAAGUUGUUGAGCAUUUUACCAAGUAAAUCAUAAAACUCAGUGGUGGCUCUUGUCUGUCACAUCAUCAUAAAGCUCACAAAGUAUUUGUUGAUCACUCCAAGUCUUCUGUAUCAUCAUCUCUAUCUAACCAGACACACGUAAUUCAGUAUUAAUACAAGUACUGUAUGUGAUGUUGUGGGAAAGAAAAAUUCCCAUUUACAUUUUCUCUCUUGAGAUUCAAUUGUAAACAUCCUCAACCCAGGUAGAUUUAUCUUUCUGUGAAAUGUACAAACAAAUUAGCUAUAACAAAAUAUAUUGCAGUGUUUCCUUUUUCUGAUUUGAGCAGAUUUCUGGUGAUUGUAGAGAUUUAUUAUUAGUAGCUGCAAUAUGCAAUACAACCCCCUGCCCUAAACCAAAAUAAAGAGACAGAGGGAAGACUUGAUCAUGUUGCACAGCAGUUGUUCACAUGGAAAUAUAAGAUGCUGCCUUAAAGGAGGAAAAAACCCCACCAGAUACUGAAAGUAGAGGGAGUAAGAKUCUGCAUGCAUUUGUUGUUUUGAUCUUGGCAUAAAUGCGAGUCAGUAAAGGGGGAAGGAGAGCUGAGGCAGGGCUGCAGGCAGCGGCCGGUGCGGUUGCAGAUGUGCUCGUGUAAAGAAGAAGCAGCAGAGAAGUUGAAGAAAAAUCUUCAACAGAGCCACAAGCCACAGCUUGUGAGGCUCAGCCGUAGAGCGCGUGGAGUUCUGAAUUUUGCCUGAGCUUUGUUGAUAUAUUUGCACUGACUUUCAAUUAAACUGAGAUCAAGACUUUCUGUAUUUCCCUCUCUCUCACUCUAGCUGCUGCUAUACUUGAAGAGGAGAAAAGAAUCUUCCUGCAUAAGUGGCCAUCCUUUCUGUACCUUUCUGGAUGGUGCUGGUGACUUGUUACAUUUUCCUGAUUACAGCUCUAGCAGUUUGUUGGUCAUUCCUAUCACCAAGAUUUCCUGUGACUCCAGCUGGAACUGAAUCAGGCUGUAAAUGAUAUGGGCCAUUCUUGGUAGCAUGUCCUGUAGUGUUACACUGCUCCUGGAYGACACCUUUUAUGGAGGCAGGAUAUUGAAUUGCUGAGGAAUGCAGUAGGUACAUGGAGGUAAAAACAGCUACGUAGACAUACCUGCCUCUUGCUUUUUUUCCUCUUUUAAAGAUAUUGUAGAAUUUCUUCAUGUUUUUGUCUUUCCCUUYUCACCACAGUAAAUUUUCCUUUUUUCCUCUCAAUAGAUUUUGUGUUCUGCUUGUGUUUCUUAGAACAGUGUAGCCACCCACUAAUUUAAAAGCAUGGAAAUAAGAUACUUYAAUAUAUAAGAUAAAAUUAAGGAAAAUUAAGAGAUUUUGCAUUUCUGGAAAAUUUAAUUUAAUGUUUUUGCAGCUUUUGCUCAGAAUUCAUUACUCUGCUAUCUAAGAAGCUUGGUUAGGAGAAAGUGCUGUGGACAAACAGAAAUGAAAUCACCGCCAGCUCACCGUGUUUUGGCAGCAUCUCAUAAAUACAUGUCUCUUUAUGGUCUUUCAGGAACACUUAAGAGGUGAAAUAAGGCUCACAGCGGAAAUCAGGUGUGGUUUAUUUUUCCUAAUGAAAGCAAAUCUUUUUUAUACAGUUUUAAAGAAAGCAAAAGCUAGAGCUGUGUGUGUAGCUUUGGGUUUCUGUGCUGGAAGGCUGAGCUCUUUCUGCUACCAGUGGGGAGAGAGAGAGAAAGCAAGAGAAAGUAAGYUCCCUCUGGGUGGAAGUUCAGAGAAGUGAAGGCUUUGGAGUUAUGUAGGGAUGUGUCCAGGAAGAUGUUACCUCUCUCUGUUGACUUUUUAGAAAGUACAGGCUCCUGGCCCAGGUGUCUCAGGUGGGCUUAGAAAAGCAAUGGUCUGUUUAUCCCCAGCCUCAAAUAUCUUCCAGAUGAAUUUGCAAGUGAGUGCCAGGUUCAGCCUUGGAGGUGUUAAAGGUUCCUGUGCUCAUGCAAAUUGGGGUUUUUGUGGGGUUUGCAGCACCCCCUGCAUAGUUGGRAUCAUAAUUUGCUUUAUACCACGUGACUGCCCAGCAUGGGAGAAAAGUGUCAGAAUCAUUCCUUGUGGAAUAACUUGCUAUUUUGAUAUUUCUGCGGUGUAGCAAAUGCACCAUAGUGAUGGGGAAGAUUUUGGUACUGUUCCCUCCCUURCUGGAUUUGUCAGCAUAAAACAGAAAUUGUGUCAUGAAUCGAAGGGACUGAGAAUCUGCCUGGAUUUAGGAAGAAUUCAAGAGAUGAUUUUAUUUGUUGCUUUACAUUGCAUUUAAGAUGUUUAAUAUAUAAAACCUAGUGAAAUCAAAACUUUUAUGACAAAGCCCUCUCCUAGUUAAUAUAAAAAAAAUUACUAUCCUGUUGCUUGGCUAAAUUGUGUCAAGUGUUAAUCAUCACAUUGUGUGUUUCUUUUGAGAUGAGUGUCRUACAUUCCCUUGCUAAACUUUCCCAGCUCUGGUUCUGUCUUAGCUCAGAAAUCCUUUUAAAGCAGAGACCUUUCCUGUGUAGGGCAGUCUGAUUUGCAACAUAAAACCAGUUUUCCAAUGAUAGACUUAAAUUAUUUUCUUACCAAUGAUUUUUUUGUUUUUAAAUUUUUAAUAUGAACUUCCUUUCUAUUGAGAGCUGAGCCUUCCAAACAUAGCAGUGCCGAAGGAACUUCUGAAAGAACAUAAAGGCCUUUCCAAGUGUGACUUACGAUAUGAGCCAUUUCCCUGCCCAACUCACCUGUUGUGUCGUAUUUCAGUGUGUCAGUUACGUGUCAGCAUUUGCUGUGGCUCUGAGGGAGCUCGGUUUAAUCACAGCUGUUUGUUUGUGGUGGAGUCAGUGCAGACAGGAGCGCGGUGCGWUAAAGGCGAGGCUCGCUGCGCUCUGGCUGGAAUCGCCUGUGAAGCUGUGGUUAAAUGGGAGCAGCCCCAGGCCCGUUGUGUCCCCUCCAUCCCUGUGGCCAUGCACAGUGUCUGUGUGGUGUGCACAUACUGUACAUAGUGUAAAUUCCUGUGCUGCUGGGCUGUCACUGUGGAGCGGCUCCCAUCUUCACCCCAUUGCCGUGUCUGUCCCGGGGGAGGCGGCUGCUUGUGCUCCCUGGAAUCUUCACCGACCCGAGGGAGCUGCAAUCCUGCCCUGCUUCUCCCUGCUMUGCUGGGGAGGCUUUCUGCACUCUCUGUAAAUAAGCUCUUCAUUUAUUCCCUUCMC